GUCAGCCAGUGUUAUGAUGCCGACCAUUCCCAAACAUCGCGCGUCAUGCUUGCACCAUUACCUCUGGCGCCUUCCAAGAUGCCACCUCAACGUCGCAUGUCCUUCACACUGCCGAAAUCGCUGGCCGCCAUCGAAUGGACGAGGCUACGCCACUGGGCGGCAUCCAAGUCUAUGCUGUGGACAUGCUCGUCGGCAGAUUCGUCCACGUCGCUGCUUUUGGACGACACAGACACAGACGACGAUGUUUCCAACUUGCACGUCGUGCGACCGCGCGGCAAGUCGGACCCGUUGACGUACACUGCAACCACCCUCCUCACGUCGUGGCGAAGUGGCAACUCGUCGCACGCGACCCGGCACUCGACCUCGAGCUGCAUGUAGACUCCAGCGCCGGCGUCACGUAGCUGGAAAUCCCAGUCGUCGCCGUUAGAAUAGAAAGUUGUUCGUCUUCAGUUAACGACAAAUGUACAAAGGAUGGUAGAUUCGCA